UUUUCCUAACAUAUGGAGUAUGCUUCCAUGUUGAAUCCAUCUUAAUGGCUUCCUUUCCUUAUUCUAAGUCACUCCUAUCACCUCAUCUUGACCACCUUUCAACUUCAUAUUGUUUUCAUACAUAAUUAUGGAUUAGAGUUAUAUUAUACUAACUUAAUGUCUUAAGUAAAUGGCUUUUUAUUCUCUUCUCUUUGUGAUUUAUCCAUUCACACUUUCUAUUUUGUUCUUCACUUCUUAGUAAAUAUGGUCAAACCAUGAAGAUAUCAACUUUUUCUUAAUCUUGGCAUGUUCAAGCUCAUGAUCAUGUGAAGUCUUCUAGAUAUUUAGCAAUAGGGUGUGAACUGUGAAGUCUUUUUGUUCAGCAAAACAUUAUUCAGAGAAAAAGAAAAAACAAUUGCAUAAAAAUGAGUUAUAGUGUGUCUAGUAAAAGAUCAUUCAUUGGUAGUGGAAUUUACAGAAAUUCACCAAAUUCCUCCAAUGAAAAUUUGAGAAUUCUACAAUUGUCACUAUCUGGUGACAAUGGUUCCUCCUCAGGUCAAGAACCGCAGGAUGCAGAUUAUGUUCUACUACCAUUACCAUGUCUUAGUGAUGAACUAGAGACAAUGAUAUUGGCAAGGUUUCCAAUUUCAAAACACUGGAAAAUGUGUUGCUUAAACAACAAGUUUUUAAAUCUAAUGAAGAAUGGUGAAAUCUAUAAGAUAAGAAGAAUGAUAGGGUUGAAAGAACCAUCAGUUUUUAUGUUAGCAAGUGGUGGUGAAAGGAAUUGGUGUGUGUUUGAUGGUCAAUUCAAGUCAUGCAGGAAGCUACCUAUUAUUCCAUCUGAUUACAUAUUUGAAAAUGGUGAAAAAGAGUCCUUUUCUGCAGGCACACAUUUAUUUGUUUCAGGUAUGGAGAUUGAUGGAGCCGUUAUAUGGCGUUAUGAAUUAACAACAAAUGAAUGGUUCAAAGGUCCAUCAAUGAUAACACCAAGGUGUGUCUUUGCAAAAGCUUCAUGUGACAAUUUUGCUUAUGUUGCUGGUGGACUUGAAAGAAAAAACUGCAUUGAAGUUUUAAGCAUGAACCAAACAUGUUUAAAUUCAGCUGAAAAAUACAAUUCUGAAAACCAAACAUGGCAAAAACUCCCAAACAUGAACAAAAAGAGAAAAUCAUGUUCAGGAUGUUACUUGGACAACAAGUUUUAUGUAAUUGGAGGACGAGAUGAAAAUAAUGACGAUCUAACAUGUGGUGAAUUCUUCGACGAAAAGACCAACAAGUGGAAUUUGAUUCCUAACAUGUUGAAGGAUAUUGUUCUUUCAAGUUCAAGAUUACCACCACUUAUAGCUGUUGUUAACAAUGAAUUGUACACACUUGAUGCUUCAACAAACGAGGUAAAGGUUUAUAUGAAAGAUAGUAACUUGUGGAAGAAGUUAGGGUUUGUUCCUGUUAGAGCUGAUAACCAAGUUGGUUAUGGUGUGGCAUUCAAAUCUUUGGGAAAUGAAUUGCUUGUUAUUUGUAAAACAGCGAUGAAGAUUUAUAAGUGUUUUCCUCAUCCUGAUUUGGAGGUUUUGGAGUGGAAGAAAAUUGUGUGUGGUAGUGGAAAUCUUAACUCUUAUAUUCACAAUUGUGCUGUGAUGUUGGCUUGAAAACUUUGAAGAAUGAGUUUUAUGGAUUAAGUAGUUGUUGGUUGGAAAUGAAACUUUAUGAAAAUAAAGUAAGAAAAAGUUGAAGGUUUGUGUGAAGUUUAUUUUGAUGAAUAACAGUUUAGGCAAGUUUGAUCUCGAGGGGUCAUCAAGGUCAAAGAAAGCCUGAAGGUUAAGAGAAAGUUAGCAGAUGCACUUAUAUAUGAUAAUACCUAUCAAUGAGGUCUCACAUCGACAAUGAGAUUCGAACUCAGGUCAUGAGGUCUCACAUCGAUAGUAAGAUUCAAACUCAGGUCAUUAUGAGAUUGGAGCUAAUCUUCUUACCGAUUGAAUCAACUUUCUUUAGUUGAUUUCUCUUUACUUGUUUUUGUUAUUUAAUGUUUCUAGUAAGCCUUGUUGUAAUAAAGUUUCUAGUAAUCCAUAUGGUUUCAUUUCAUGGAACUACUUGAUCAUUGGCUUGGUAAUCAAGCUUGUUCAUGUAUCUUGUUCUUUUAUCCGUAAUGUAAAAGUGUUCUACUUUGA